AUGGCGCUUGUUGAGGGUGAGACGCUGCCUGCGUCUCACGAGGCCCCCUCUGGCUCUGCCUCUGCAUCUGACGCCCGCAAUUCAUCUUCUUCUUCUGCAGCUGCUGCAGCUGCUGCAGCUGCUGCAGCUGCAGCAGCGUCGUGUACAGCAACGGGGCCCCCACCUGCUCUGGGUGUAUAUCCUUCUAUUGAUGCUGUUGAGGGUUUGAGCCUGAGUGAAGAAGAACUACAGAAGGUACGUACACUGCGUGCUGCUAUCGAUUCGUUACCUAUAGUAGAUGAGUUACAGGAGGAGGCCCCUGCAGCAAAGGAGAAGAGUUGGUUAUCUGGUCUUUUCAGAAGCAGCAGCAGCAGCAUCAGCAGCAGCAGCAGCAGCAGCAGCAGCAGCAGCAGUGGGUCAAAGAAAGAAGUAAAAGAGCUUACAUGGGAGGAGGUGUUGUGGCUAUCUAAUGACCUUAUUCAGCAGCAGCAGCAGCAGCAGCAGCAGCAGCAGCAGUAG